CUCUUCUCACGAAACGAAACCGAGAGUGACGGAGGGUUUUAAAGGAGCAGCCGCAGGUUCUGAGGGCUCAGAUGCGGAGGAGACGACCGGACCGGACACAGCACGAUGGGCUGCUAGCUGAAAACACCCAGGAUAAACACAGUGAAGUUUCGAAAUGGAUACUGGCCAAAAUGGCAACACACCUGAAGAUGGAAGCAGAAGACCUGGAGGUGCGGAUGGAAAACAGAAAGAGAGAAAGUCCAGAGAGAAAAUAAAGAGUUUGGGAAACCGUCAAAGCGCACAGGGGAGUAAUGGUGGAGGUGAUGCAUUGAGCUGGAGAGUUCGAACAAGGUCAGAGCCAGGAAGAGGAGGCAAAGCAAGGGGAGGUAGCGCCCGAGGUUGGGGUGGGGAGGUAAAGGGGAAUGCCAGUGGAAGAGGUGGAUCGAAUGCAGACGGAGCGGUGGGAAAAUUCGCAACAGGCGGAGGAGGAAGAGGUGGUCAUGGAAGGCAAGAUGCAAAGAGAUUUCAGAUGGGAAGAAAUCAAGUGCAUGAUGGAGCCGGAGGAGACGCUAGAAAGGUGGUGGCAGCGAAAGGGGUAACUGGGGGAGCAGGAGCACAGAGUUUGAAGUAUCCACGUCCCAUGAAGGCUCCUCAAAGAAGUGGUCUGGGCUUCAGAUCUCUACAAGAACUCUGUGAUAAGGAGCCGUCUGUUGUGGCCAUGACCCUGUCUACACACAAAGAUUUUCCGAAAGUCCUGGACCAAACAAGCAUGAAGCAGGAUUUAAUUGAACUCCUGUGCCGGGUGAUUAACAAAGCUUUUCAGUCUCGAACUGACCGAAGCACGCUGCAGCACCUGGCAGGCAUCAUUAAAGACUCAGAAUUCUUGCGGAGCAGCCUACCCCACUAUCUAGUGGGCAUGGGGUCAGAAUCCAACCCUUUCCUGAGAGCACAGUACCCACAGCAUCUGGACAGAAUCCUGGCUCUUCUCUCAGAGGUGCUGAGCGUGUUUCCUGCCAGCUCGGUGAACACAGUGGGCGUGGCUGUUACGCUUCUUCAAGUUUCCAUCAGCAGCCUGAAGGCAUCAGAUGUGGACAUCCAGCCUGAAAUGGAGGAAAAGGCAGCGAGUCUUCACGGAGUGAUCGAGAACUUACAGAAGAAAUCCAGGGAGGGGACCCUGAAGUCAGACAAGGCUCCCCUACCUGCCGUUGACGAUGAACCAGGUGAAGGAGACGAGAAGAAUUUCAAGGACAUACCAAUCUACCCAACGCUGGAAGAGUUCCAUCAGGUUCAAAGGCCGUUCAUUCGACGGAACCUCACCGGCCAGCGCUACACGAACACCUACAUCUACCUUGACACACACUUCCGGCUGCUCAGAGAAGACUUUGUGCGACCUCUCCGUGAGGGAAUCCAGCAGCUGCUCCAAAUGGACGGGAGAAACGACAACCUGCUGAAGAAGCACUUUGACGACAUCAGAGUAUAUUUCAACACAAAAAUUAUGGCACCCAAAUGUACCCGGUCUGGCCUUGCUUACAUUGUCAAAUUUGACAUUGAGCCACUGAAGUUUGUUUGCUGGGAGAACUCCAAGAGGCUGAUCUACGGGUCACUGGUGUGCCUGUCUUCCGACAAUUUUGAGAGCUUCUUGUUCGCCACAGUGUCAGAUCGAGAACCGAAGGACCUGAAAAAAGGACAGGUUGAGAUGAUGUUCACAGAGGAAAGCAGAGUCAGGUUGGCCCACGUUGAGGAAAACGAGGUUUUCCUGAUGGUUGAAACCACUGCCUACUUUGAGGCCUAUCGGUACGUUCUGGAAGGCCUAAAGGAGCAGGAUGAGGAGGACCUGCCUUUCCAGAGGUACAUUGUGGAGUGCAACAAAGAAGUGGCGCCCCCAGCUUAUCUGAGAGGGAAUGAUGUUUACGAUCUGUCAUUUGUCGCUGACCGCCACCACGAGAAGAAAAUGCGACCCUUUUCCAGCCUGGUGCCAGCGGCUUGGCCAGAAAUGAAGCAGCUGGGACUGGAUGAGUCUCAGAUGAAAGCCUUCCAGCUGGCCCUCACCAAAGAGCUGGCCAUAAUACAAGGUCCUCCAGGCACAGGAAAAACCUACGUUGGCCUCAAGAUUGCUCAGGCUCUGUUGACCAAUCGACAGCUCUGGAGGGAUCCAAGAGACAGUUCUCCGAUGCUGGUCGUGUGUUAUACCAACCAUGCGCUGGAUCAGUUCCUGGAGGGUAUUCACGGGUUUCUGGGAAAAGGCAUCGUACGAGUAGGAGGUCGCAGCAACAGUGAGAUACUGCAGAGGUUCACCCUGAGAGAGCUGAUGAGCUCGCCCAACUUCAGACGCACUCUGCCAGCGCACCUUCAAAAUGCGUUUAGCACAGUGUACAAGGAUGUGUGCGAAAGGGAGAGGGAGCUCCAGAAACACACUAUCAAGCUGGAGUGUUCUCUGAAAGGUGUCCUGCGUGAGACCUUCUUGAAGAUGUUCAUUUCACCGAGACACUGGACCAGUUUGCACCUUCAGUUUGAACAGGAUGGAUUCAUGGCCACGAAUGAGAAGAAGACCAGUGUGAUGAUGGAGUGGCUGGGCUUGAGUUCCACCGUCUUCCACCAGAGGGAGACACAGAAGAAGACCAGUGUGAUGAUGGAGUGGCUGGGCUUGAGUUCCACCGUCUUCCUCCAGAGGGAGACACAGAAUGAAAACACAAGUCCUGUGCCGCCUGUAGCGUCGGAUGAAGAGAUGGAAGAGGAUUUAAUUGAAAUCGAAGAGGAGGCAGAUUGGAUCCAGGCAGACAGGAUUAUUGAAGACUGGAACUUUCGUCCCAGAGGUGAAAAAGAUGACAAAAAGACGAGAAUGAAGAUGGCUGUCAAAGAAGUGGAACAGCUGAUGCUGGCGAUGAACCUGGAUAAUGCUGACAAACAGCCUGAGCAGAGUGAGGACGGAUUUGAGUUCCAGAAGGAACAGAAGAAAAAGAUGAAAAAAGUAAUUCGGAAAGAGCUGGGAAAGAGCUCUGCAAUGACUGAACAAGAAGAGCGCAACGUGUUGGAUGUUUGGAGUCUGAGUCAACAAGACAGAUGGCGGCUCUAUCGGUUGUGGGUGAAACGCUACAGGCUGGACCUUCGCAUGAAGGCACAACUAUCUGAAGAGGCCUUUCAGAAGGAAGUGGACAGACUGGCAGAUGUAAAACGACGCGAGAGCCUCUGUGUCCUCAAGGAGGCAACGGUCAUCGGCAUGACAACAACAGGAGCGGCCAAGUUUCGCAAAGCCCUGCAGGAAGUGCGUCCUCGCCUGGUGAUUGUAGAAGAGGCUGCAGAGGUUCUGGAGGCACACAUCAUCACCACACUCAGCAAAGACUGCCAACACCUCAUUCUCAUUGGAGACCACCAGCAGCUACGUCCCAGUGCCACAGUGUACGACCUUGCAAAGAACUUCAACUUGGAGAUGUCCAUGUUUGAGAGGCUGGUGAAAAUGGAGCUGCCCUUCGUCAGACUCGACUACCAGCAUCGCAUGAGGGCAGACAUUGCUCGUCUUCUGACCCCACACAUCUACCCAGAGCUUGAAAAUCAUCCCUCUGUGUUGAAUUACGAACACAUCAAGGGUCUCGAAGCCAAUCUGUUCUUUGUGGAGCACAACCACCUUGAAGAGGAGAUCAAAGAUGGGAAGAGUCAUCAGAAUGAACAUGAGGCAAAAUUUGUUGUCGCUCUUUGUCGCUACCUUCUCCUUCAGGGCUAUAAGCCAGACCAAAUUACCAUCCUCACGACCUAUACUGGCCAGCUCCACCGUCUGCGCAAACUUAUGCCCGCCAGCGAGUUUUCGGGGGUAAAAGUUCAUGUUGUAGACAAGUAUCAGGGAGAAGAGAAUGACAUUGUUUUGUUGUCUCUGGUUCGUAGCAACUUGCAGGGUAAAGUCGGUUUUCUGAGCAUUCCCAAUCGCGUCUGUGUCGCCCUGUCUCGUGCAAAGAAGGGUCUCUACUGUAUCGGGAACAGUGAGAUUCUGGGCAGAGUCAACCUGUGGGGAAACAUCUUCCACACUUUGAGUCAACACAAGCAGAUUGGAAAGGCCCUGACCCUGUGCUGCCAGAACCAUCCAGAUCAAAAGGCAAAAGUUUCCACUGCUGAGGACUUCAAACAAGCACCUGAGGGCGGCUGCACCAAGCCAUGCCUGUUCCGUUUGGAUUGCGGCCAUGUUUGCUCAAGUGUGUGUCACCCAAACGAUCAAGAGCACAAGGAUUUCAAGUGUGUGAAGCCGUGCCAGAAGAUGUUAUGUGACCAGGGGCACCAGUGCAAACUUCUGUGCUACCAGCAAUGUCCAGCGACUUGUCAAGUGAAGGUUGAGAAGGUCGUACCACAAUGUCAGCACACACAAAUGGUUCCUUGCUCUCAGGAUCCUGACACAUUUUCAUGUAAGGAUCGCUGCGAGAAGCUCCUACCGUGUGGCCAUCCAUGCGUUUCACCUUGUGGGAAACCGUGCAACCCGUUCUGCAGAGUGAAGGUCAGCCUGGAACUCAAGUGUGGACACACCCAGGAGGAUGCGUGCUACUACAAAACACAUGACACAAAGCCCGAGUGCAGGACCUCCUGUAACCACCUGCUGAAAUGUGGCCACACCUGUCCAGGUACCUGCGGGAGGUGUAAUCAGGGACGCUACCACGUACCCUGUUCUCACCCAUGUGAGCGUCUGCUGAUUUGCUCUCACAAGUGCAGGGAAAACUGCACACGCGAGUGCCCUCCGUGUCAGCUGCCUUGUGAGAACUGCUGUGUCCACAGUAAGUGCAUGAAGCAGUGCGGACAGGCCUGUUCUCCCUGCGUGGAGCCCUGUGCCUGGCAGUGCCAGCACCAAAGCUGCAGCAAGCUUUGCCACGAGCCAUGCGAUCGGCCACCUUGUACCCAACCCUGCGAUAAGACCCUGCACUGUGGCCACCCGUGUAUCGGACUGUGUGGAGAUAAGUGUCCAAAGAAAUGCCGUGUCUGCGACCGCAAAGAGGUCACAAAGAUUUUCUUUGGGACUGAAGACGAACCCGACGCUUGCUUCAUUGAGCUUGAAGACUGUGGGCACAUCAUAGAAUACACGGCCAUGGAUACAUACAUGAAGUUGGAUGAUGACGAAGCAGCAGAGGGACAGGAAGUGGCCAUCAAACUCAAAGAAUGCCCCAAGUGCCGAACUCCAGUUCGUAAGAAUUUGCGUUAUGGAUCAAGCAUCAACAAACGUCUGGCAGAAGUAGAAAUGGUGAAGGAAAAAAUAAAUGGACACCAACCAGAUGUUGAAGAACACAGGAUGCUCCUGCUAAAUCGGUGGCAGGAAAACGGCAAUAUUCUUGAAGACCUUCAGGAGCUGGAUUUUAUGGACAUCAAGGAAAUGUUGGAGAGGAGCAGCCUCACAAGAAAUGAUCUAUGGCUUCUGGAAAACAAAUUAGAGUUUCUGUUAAGGGUGGGAAAGCUUUGCAACAUUGCGCGGACCGACUUGCGGUCCAUGGAUGGCCUCACACCCAAAGUGUUUGAGUUUCUGUACUGGCUCAAACAUCAGCAGCAGAGAUUCACAGACCAACAGGUCUUUGAUUUACAGAGAGAGCUGCAGAGGCUCUACCUCCUGGCUGAACUCGAAGCAUGCUGCAAGACGCCCUUCGUGAAGAAACAAGCUGACAUUGAAUGUGCUGUGCAAAAAAUAAGAGAUGCUUUGGAAAUGCCUGGACAGUUUUCCGAGCGCGAUGAAGACAGAGUGAAAGAAGCUCUGAAGGAGCUGGCAAAGAAGAUUCCACUGACGGGCCUGGGGAUCAGCGAGCAGGAGAAAAAGAUGAUCGUCUCAGCCAUGAAAAUGCGGCCUGGACAUUGGCACAAAUGCCCCAACGGCCACGUGUAUCUCAUCACAGAGUGCGGCGGGGCUAUGGAAAGUAGAAAGUGCCCCGAUUGCGACGCCACAAUCGGAGGCCAAAAUCACAGGCUUGACAGUGGUAAUGCAGUCGCCACAGAAAUGGAUGGUGCACAGCACAGUGCUUGGUCUGAAGUCAACAACCUUCAGAACUUUGAUCAGUUUGGCUUCUGAAUUUGAUUUCAGUUGUGUUUUUCUUUUAUUUUUUUGUUACCCCAGCCUUAGUCCAAGUUUUGAGUUACUAAUGGCUUUGGUUUUCCUGUGUUCAAUUGUUCAUGAUGGAAAAGUCCUAAACUGUGUAUACUAAGUACUAGAAAUGAAACUGCUUGUUUUGAUUCACAGCAUUAAAAUCUCUCGAGCGAUGGAGAUAAUAUGUAGAUGUUAGUAGCAGUGGUUGUUUGUUGCACAUUCAAAAUGUCACUUUAUUUAUAAAUCAGCAGGCUUUCAGUGCAUGGAAGUUUUUUCUUUGUUUGCUUGUUUGUUUUUACUUCAAUAUACUGUAUGGUUUUGUUUUGAAAGAAAAAAAAAUGCACAAAAGAUUUCACUGGAGUUAUGAAGUUAUAGAUGCUUGUUUUCAAUGAAUAUUCCAAGUGUAAUCCUUUCAAAGGUCAGAACUCUUUCAAGGAUGUGUUAUUCUUCGCCCUAACAAUAGGUGGCAGUAAAACACUGUUAAAUGACAUGCAUCAUUACUUGAGUUAUGUUUGCACACAUUUACAAUAAAGAUGCAUUUCUGGACCAA